AGACUCCUGAAUUUGUUCUACAGCGACUUUUCUUGAACCUUAACCGCCAAUCAAUCACAAGGGGUGCAACAACAUACAAACAAAGUUAUUCUUUGCAGUCAAAGAAUAAGCGAGCCAGUGCAACUAAAUUUCCAUGCCCACUGGCCACCUACCUAAAUAGAAUAUAUUUUGAUAAUUGCUUUCACUGUUCAAAUGUUUGAAGAAGAUGUUGUUGAAGUCGUUUUGCCUAAAAAGUUUUCUGGAGAAAAUAAGCAUAAGCUAGGUGUUGUGCUAGAAAGUUCACGUUACUUCACUAGUGAUGAAGAUGACGAUGAUGAUGUCGGCUUUUUUAGAGCUCUUCACAAAGAUUCCGUGAGAGUGGCAUGGCAUCCUACAGGAAAAACAGAAGUGAUCAAAGAGGAAAAGCUGAAGCUAGUAGACAGAUCAUUGGUUCCAGGUGAUGUGGUUCGGCGAAUGAUUCAGGGUCAGGAGAGUCAGAAAGGUUACGUUUUCAAAACCCGCAUAACUUGUGUCUUAAGGUGCCUAAAUCAAUCAUUCAUUGUUUCCAACGUUGACAGUUCUUCUCUUCUACCAUUACUUCGGUUCAACAGUGAUUCUCAUGACGUCUACCUGGAUGACUGGGUUGGUGUCGUCAAAAAAGUUUCAGAACGAGUGGUCGUCAAAUUUAAGGAUGGUGCUAAAUGUGAACUGAAUUCAGAAGAAGUGCAGAAUUUAUUUUAUGAGUUUGACGAUUUGAACGAUAAGAGACACAGGGAUUCUGAGUUUGCAAUUAGCACGUGCUAUGUAGGACAAGUUCUGAAAGGUCCUCUCUCUGCUUUCCAGAAUGCCAGGUGGUUCCUGCCUACAAAACAUUUCUGCCAGAAAACUGCCAAGAAAAGUAAAUCAAAACAAGUUGUGGUUGUGAUUGAAGAGUUUGACGUUCAAAGUGUGGAAGUAUUUUGGUUGUGCAGGGGAUAUUCAGGCGCCAAUGCCAGCAAACACAUUACACAACAUCCUCCAACCGUUGUUACUGGCCCAGACUUGAAAAGGCUGCAAUCACUAGAUUGCUUUGGUGCUAGUAAUUACCAGAUAGGAGAUGAGGCCUACUACGUUCUAGAUUCUGGCGAUGAAGUAGUUUCGAUAGAAAAUGCAAAAAAGAAGGAUGCUGUCAUUGCGAAUUGCAUAAUGAAAUGUAGGGAGAACUUGUUUGCUGCAGACAAGUCAGUACAAAAUAGUAAAGGUCGAUCUUCUCGUCUGCCAUCUCAGGUGUCGUCAGUUAAUGUAGACAGCGUUUUAUCUCUCGACAAAAUUUCAAUUGGGGAUUCAAUGGAGACAUCUGAAAAUCUUUCUGCAUUUCUCGAGUCUGAGAUUGGUUUAAAAGAUGAUGAGGAAGCGUGUCAGGAUGAAAAUGAUGCAAUGUAUGCAAUGACUGUGUCCACCACCAGCAACAACAGGAAGCACAAACGUCGCAAACCCAGCAGCAGUACCAGGAACCAGAAGAAGAAAAAGGUUUUUUUAAAAAAAACUAAACCUAAAAAGUUUUAUGAGCAGACGAAGAAAUUUGAAACUGGUGAUAAAAUACCUGUUGAGAUUGUGUCUACGUUCACUGUGGUUGAUAUCAUGUGGCAGGAUGGUCAGCUGGAAACAAACAUUCACUCCACCUCUCUCUACCCCAUCCAUCACCUUGAUGAGCUGGAGUUCUUUCCUGGAGACUUCGUCGUACACUCACAAACAAAUGAUUGGGAUUCAUCAAAGACCUAUGGAGUAGUUCAAAAGAUGAACUUUUCAGCUCGUACAUGUGACAUUCGCUGGUUUAACUCCAACUCAGAACCAUGGUUUGUUAUUUGA